UCGUCUAUUGUCCGUUAAAGUAACAGAGAGACAGAGAGAGAAAGUGGGAGUGGAUAAUCCUAGUAGCAAUGGCAGGCAUUUACUCUUCUUCCACUCUCUCUUCUGUAAGCAACUUUCGGACAUCUUGGUUGGUAGAAACUCAUAGCAGAAGGACCAUACCAGGGAAACCACUUCAUCGGAGAAAUGUGAACAUUAAAGCAGAAGUGAGUUAUGUGAAUGCUGAUGAAGCAAAGAAACUUAUAGCAGUGGAGGGAUACGCAAUUCUGGAUGUGCGGGACAAUUCUCAAUAUAACCGAGCUCAUAUAAAAUCAUGUUAUCAUGUGCCUCUUUUUGUUGAAAACCAGGACAAUGAUUUUGGUACAAUCAUAAAGAGGACUGUGCACAACAAUUUUUCGGGUUUGUUCUUUGGGCUGCCAUUCACUAAACUAAAUCCUGAUUUCGUGCAAUCUGUUAAGAGCCAAUUUUCACCAGAAAGUAAACUCUUGCUUGUAUGCCAGGAGGGAUUGAGGUCUUCUGCUGCAGCUAAUCAGUUAGAUCAAGCUGGUUUCCAAAGCAUAGCAUGCAUAACAUCGGGCCUUCAAAAAGUAAAACCAGGAACAUUUGAUUCUGUCGGAACCACUGAGUUGCAGGAUGCAGGCAAAGCUGGGUUGAUCACAGUUCAAGGAAAGAUCUCAGCUGUACUUGGAACAGCACUUGUCUGUGCAUAUCUGUUCAUUACCUUCUUCCCAGAGCAAGCAGAGAAGCUGCUCCAAUUUGCACCAACAAGCUAGGCUCAUAUAUAAGAGCCUAAAAUUUUGCAGUUUCUCUCAUAUAUUUUUUUAAUGAAUGAGAUUUUCAAUGUGGGAGGUAAGUUUGUUAAUAUCUGUAACAGUCACAUAAUUUAAUAGUAGAAAUCCAUUUUCAAUG